AUGUCUCUUUCGAUGGUCGAGAUGCUGUUCGUAAUUCGAAACGACUUAUUCGCAUUGCUCAGUCCACAAGGGAUACGGAGAGCGCCUUUGCUGUUCCUUAUGGCGCUUCUAAUCUGGUCUCUUGGAAUCGCAGUCAUUUAUCCACCGGGUGCGCUCACCGUAAGCGUCAGGACUCAAGAGUUUACUGAGCAUCACAACAUGUCUAUAAUGAACCCACCCAUUUCACCGCAACUCGACUUUUCCGGAGACGAAAGCUUCCCUACUUUAAGCAGAGGAGACCCACUACACGGGCCUGACAAGGUCUUCUUAAACUUUCCACUAGAUCCAGAAAACAACAACCAGAUAUCUACCUUCCCAAAUCACCCAGGAGAGAAUUCCACGUACAAUUUGCAAUUCAGAGGACCUCAAUUCAAAUGCACCACGUCAGAGUACAACAUCACUCUUUCGGCUGAAUACGAUCCGAAGGAAUUUGUGGUACCCAUGUGGGUAUCGUCAUGGGACGAUCAAAAGCUUAUCCAUUCAUUGACACAAUAUGACAUCAAAACGUUUAAUGCCCACUGUAGGUCCAAUAAUAGCCUAGUCUGGAACGCAUAUGCUGUGGCGAAUGAGCAGGUCUGCGAAUCUGUCUCCGUACUCUACAACGUCAGCGUCACGUUUCCCAGAGGCGUCCAGACAGUAGACUAUUCCAUCAGCGAUGCAAGAACUCUUCCGCGAAGAGUCGACAUAUACGAUACAAUCGACAUUUCGGGCGCCUACGAUGAUCCGAAUCUUAAUCCGGGCAAAUUGUAUGGAAUACAACUUAGGCUUCCAUCGAUACCAGAAGCACUUGAAGAAUGGCACCAGAAAGUAUCAGAAGCUAUCCCUAUUUCUAAUGAGUGGGCUAUUCUAGACUCAUUGAUGCCCUUUCUUGAUAAGGAAUAUUUCCAUUCGCAGUAUCUGCCCUCAGAUGCGUUAUCGCCACCAGAGCUUUUGCCUCUGCAGCAGCCUAUGGUUUUGGAUGGCAAGUCUUGUACGAACUCAAAGGCUAACCGGAAUGAAGCCUACUUGAGAGGUUCCGUUUUCCACAAGUCUCGAUACAACGAACACGAAGGACUCGACCCAAGACACGCGUUCAAUCUCGCCGAGAACAUGCUUAAUGGGGUUCUAGCCAAUAUCACCAUGUCUGCUAUAUCACUCGGCACCUGGUGGGACAUGGUGCCCGUAACAAGUACAAGAUACAGCAACACAUACACACUUAGUCAUCCGCUCAACCUCGUCCUUCCAUACAGUAUCUGCCUAGCCGCAGCAAGCGUCUUCGUCAUCAUCUCGAUUUGGUCCUUGUGGCGUAAUCGCGCGCCUGCAGCCGAUGGUGGCUUCCUUCAAAUCAUGUUAGCGACCGUGGGGAACACGGAGUUGAGUCGAAUCAUGCUUGAAGAAGGCGUAGCUGCGGUCGAUGAUAUGUCAGAUGAGCUGAAAAGCUCAAAGAUCAGAUACGGAGAGCUGGUCUAUGAGGACGAAUUGGGGAAAAAAGGCAAACGAUAUGGAUUUGGGACAUCGGAUGAGAUCAUUUCGCUGGGAAGAGAAGAUGAACAUGUUUGA